AUGCUGCUGCUUCCAACACUGAUCACUUUUGCUCUGGGAAUAUCCCUGUUGAAAACAUCCACUGCAAAUCCAAGCCAGAGUGUUCAAAAAUGGGAUCCAAAUGCAUGUGCAGUAGUUGUAUGUGGACCUGCUCAGAACGGAUUACCAGGCAGAGAUGGAAGAGAUGGGAAAGAAGGCCCUAAAGGAGAAAAGGGAAGUCAAGGAUUACAGGGAUUAAAAGGGUCACAAGGUCCCCCAGGAAAGAUGGGCCCUGCUGGACAAGUAGGAGGAAAGGGCUCACCAGGAGAAAAAGGCACAAAAGGAGAUAUUGGAGAUAGAGGAUUACAAGGAGUCCCAGGUUUGAAGGGUAACCCAGGCAAUGCGGGCCCUUCUGGGCCAAAAGGGGAUAAAGGUUCACCAGGUGAAAAAGGAGUAAAAGGGGAGAGAGGCCUGCCAGGAACUACAGGUUCGCAGGGCCAGCCAGGAAUCGCAGGCUCCCCUGGGCCAAAAGGGGACAAAGGUUCAGUAGGUGAAAAGGGAGCAAAAGGAGACAAAGGAGACAGAGGGUUACAAGGAAGCUCAGGUUUACAGGGCCCCAAAGGGCAAAUUGGUUCUCCUGGGCUAAAGGGUGAUAAAGGUUCAGUAGGUGAAAAAGGAACAAAGGGAGACAGUGGACUCUCAGAGAUCAAUCUCCUUAAAAGACAAGUAAGUACUUUGGAAGGGCAGCUGAGAGCUCUGCAAAGCAGCUUCUCCAAGUACAAACAAGUUAUAAUGUUCCCGAAUGGCAGGAUUGUUGGUGAAAAGAUAUUCAUGACCAGUGGCUAUGAAGGCAACUUUGACAGUCUGAAACAAAGGUGUUCCCAAGCUGGAGGCCAGCUUGCUUCUCCUCGGAAUGCCGCUGAGAAUGCUGCCAUCCAGCAGAUAGUUGUUUUGUACAACAAAUCAGUGUUUCUUGGGAUAAAUGAUAUUCAGACAGAGGGUCGUUUCAAGUAUCUAAAUGGAGAAAACAUUGUGUAUUCCAACUGGCAAACAGGAGAACCAAAUAAUGACAAAGGUGUUGAGGACUGUGUAGAAGUCUAUUCAAGCGGAAAGUGGAAUGACAAAUCCUGUGGAGAGAAACGGCUAAUUGUGUGUGAAUUUUAA